GACGUACAUGAAAUAUUCCUCUUCUUUUUUUCCCUGUAUUUUUAUCUCAUUUCACUGCGUUAAGAGGACGUUUUGAGUCUUUUUUUAAAACCUUAAUGGUUCGCUGUAGAUGGAUUAGGAUGUAAAACUGUCGUGUUUUGGGUGUUUUUUUUUUUUUAAAGCCUCAUAUUCAUGACUAAGCCGUAAAUAUGCAGCCACUGAGCGCCAUUGGUCGCAUUUUUUGUGUUUUCUGCCGUCGUCCGUGCAAAGGCAGGCAUCUUGUUGUACAGAUAAGAGACAUCCACCCAGCAGCUGGAUUAUUUUGUGAGUCUCAGUCGAGGUCAGUGAUGCUUCACCAUCAGGACCAACCUCUGAACCCGGCCUACGGAGGGCAAGGAGGUUCCAACAACGGCUCCUCCUCCUUGCUGCGAAACAGGAAGUGUGACAAGGACGGCAACUUCAACUUCCUGCCCGGCAAAGAUGACGAUGGCUUCACAGGCAACGGAGGAGGAGACGAGAACCGAAACCAGGUGCGCCCCCGCAACUUGGGCCCGCUGGGUCGCGACCCGCCGAAUUCCACGCCGUCUGCUGGGUAUCACCACAACUCAGGGCUUCUGUCACCGCGCUCCCGCCUGCCCUGCUGGAGCCACCUGGAGCCCCUGCCCGAAAUCGAGGCCGGGGAUGACGGUUACGGCCGGGUGCCCCCUGACGGAGCGGAGGAAGGUAGGAUGGAGGAGGAGGUGAGAAGGGUGAUGAUGAGCCAGCAUGAGGAGAAGCAGAGAGAGAAAGGGGAGCAGCAGAGGAGAAAAAGCAGCUUGGGCUUCAGAGGACGGGAGGAAGACGAAGACGAGGCCGGGCUGAAUGACGAUGACGAAUGGGGCGACACCGACUCUGAGUCCGACUUUAGCGUCCGGUCCGGUGGCAGCAUGUCCUCCCUUAACAUGGACAGUGGAGGCGAAGGAGUGCUCAUGGGAGGCUGGGACCGCAUCGGAGUCGGGGAACCAAAAUCCAACCACCAGGAGAGUGACCCAGCCAGAAACAGCAACAGAGAACCAGCUGGAAGACACAGAAGAUUCAGCCGCAAGUCGCUGACGGGAAGCUACCUGGGAAAUCUUCUGGAGGAAGGAGCAGAAGAGCAAGACAACGACGACGACCGGUCCUCUGACUCGGACGGCGAGCUGCCAGAGCUGAUGGACGCGGUGUGGACGCUGCGAGACCGCGAGCGCUUCAAAGCCCAGGAGAUGGAGAAGCACCAGGUGCAGCUGACCAUGUACCGCCGCUUGGCGCUGAUCCGCUGGGUCCGCACCCUGCAGAGCCGCAUCCAGGAGCAGCAGGACCGCCUGCAGUCCAGCUUCGAUGUCAUCCUCACUCAAAGAAAAGAACUGCUGCGCAUGGGCGCCGCCGCAGCCAUCGCCAACGCCGCACCCGCUGCCGCUGUCAGCCAGUCGUAAGGAGAAAGAGGGGGGGAGGAACUGAAACAGGAAGUGGUUAAAAAGGCGUUUUUGUUCUGUUUGCUUCUACCCUGAAGACAUUUCCCCUGAAAAGAGAAACAUCUCCCAUAAUCCUGUUUGACAUUUUUGAGCCUCACACUCAUGUUUCUGAUUGUAAUGGCACAAAAUCUUGUGUUUUUAUACUGGCAUCUCACCCAGAGCAUCAGUAAAUAUACCAACUGAAGACUGGACAUUACCCCCUGUACCAAAAUGUAGGAUUUUAGGAUGUAUUCUGGUCAAAACAACGAGAUGAUGAACACUUUGCUGUGAGAUUAAAAAUGUCUGUUUAUGCUCUACUUCUUUGUCUUGACCUGUGCGUAGAAAACACCUGCUGUACCAAAAAAAAAAAAAGUGGAAAAUAUCAUGUAAAUUUUACAUUAUUAGAGAUGAUUUAUACCCGGAGAUCAGGCUGUAUAUAUAGAGAGAUAAUAAAGUACAUUAAAAGAAUGAACAAAAUGA